AUGAAUGUUAUUAAAGUGAAAUGCGGUCAUGCUAAAGCAUGUAUAACUCGAGCAUUAUCAUUUGCGCAAUCCAUUAGUGAUUCCACAACGCUUGACUCGUUGGAAAUUCACUUGGUACGUCUUACGGAGGCCUGGUCUAGUUUCACAGCUCUACAAGACAAGUUGUUUGACUUUUGUGAUGAUGAAGAUUUCACAGAUCCUGAGCAAGAGUUUGCCGAGUACGAAGAGAAGUACUGCCAAGCGCAUUCUUUAAUAAAUACUUCAAUUCGUCAAAUUUCGAACUCAAAUACUCAUCCCGAUCAAUCAAUUGAUGAGAAAUUGGCUGCUCAGCAGACUUUAUUUCUAAAAAAAUUGGAUGUGACACAAACACACAACGCUAAAACGAUAAAGUUGCCAGAAUGUAAAAUACCUACAUUUAAUGGUGACUAUAAGGACUGGCCGGGUUUUAAGGAUCUGUUCACGGGAACAAUUGAUCGCAAUCCUUCGAUUACCGCUACUCAAAAAUUUCAAUAUCUAAAAUCGUUCUUGGGUGGCGACGCCGCGAAUCUAAUUAAACAUAUAUCUUGUACCGAGAAUAAUUACAUAGAAGCUUGGGAUAAACUUGAGGCGCGUUUCGAUAAAAAACAUUUGAUUAUUAAAUCGUUCAUUCAGUCUUUUAUUUCAUUGCCAUCGUGUAGUUCUCCCAACGUGCAAUCUCUUCGAAAACUAACAGAUGGUGCUGAUGAGACUCUACGAGGCUUAAAGGCACUUGAUUCUAACUCCAGAGAUCCCUGGCUCAUUUUUAUUUUGUUACAAAAAUUAGACCACGAUACCAAACAGGCAUGGGCUGAAGAACGUGCAUCAAGUGACGAAUGUAGUACCAUAGAGCAAUUUGUUGAGUUCUUAGAAAAUCGUUGUAGUUGUUUGGAAUCCUGCUAUACAUCAACUCGUGCCUCCAAAACAUCUACCAAAACUCAAAAUAGUGUUCGAACACACUUAGUGGAAACCAAGGUAGUGUGCCCAAUGUGUACGGAAGAUCAUAUUCUUCCAUUAUGUAAAACUUUUAUUCGUUUAGAUGUAAACGCCCGUCGUAAUUUCGUAAAAGAAAAAGGUUUAUGCUUUAACUGUCUUCGAAAUGGUCAUGCUUCGAACAAAUGCCGUUCAACAUUUCGGUGUAAGAUGUGCUCGUCCCGUCACCACACUCUUGUACAUCCUACACAUAACACAAACACUUCGUCAACAAGCUCAAUGUCAAACCCGGUUGCUAUUCAACACCAUGCUACUUCUGCUUCUUCUUCGACGCCUCAAGACUCUGUAGAUCCUAUUGUGAUUAACCACUCUAUCAAAACAAAUCAUCGUGCUAGUGCUAUUAUUCCUACUGCUGUAGUAAAGGUUUGUGAUAAGCAAGGAGUUUAUCAAAACCUUCGUGUACUUCUCGACACAGGAUCACAAGUGUCCUUCGUAACGGAGCAAUGUGUGCAACGCUUAGGACUUCCUCGAAAAAACUCUCGUAUUCCUAUAAUGGGAAUGUCAUCAACAUCUGCAGGUGUUACCAAUGGUUUGGUUAGCCUGACUUUACAGUCGAGAUAUGAUUCAAAUUUUAUUGACAUUGAUUGUUACGUCAUCUCAAAGUUGACAUCUUUACUUCCAUCAGCUCCAAUAACCAAUAUCGAUUUCACUGCAUUCCUUUCCAUGAAUUUGGCAGAUCCAAAUUUCAAUUUGCCUGGUCCAAUAGACGUUUUAAUUGGAUCAGAUAAAUUCUUUAGCGUUAUUGAGGGACCUUCGAAACCUUCUGUGACAGGGGGUCUUAAAUCAAUACCGACUAUAUUCGGCUGGGUGAUAGCAGGAAGCUGUCAGCAGCAUACUUCACAAGCUAUGGAAGUGAGUACUCACUGUACCCAACUAGAUUACUCACAAGAAUUCGAUUUAGAACGUUUUUGGCGAUUAGAAGAAGUUCAUCACGAACCACUUCUAUCGAUUGAGGAACAACAGGCUGAAGAGCAUUUUGUUUCAAUACACCGCCGUCACGAAGAUGGAAAAUACAUCGUUAUGUUGCCAUUUAAGUCAAUUUCAAAUAUUUCACCAGACAAUUCUUUUCGUCUGUCUUUAAAUCGACUUUACUCUAUUGAGCGGAGAUUUUUAUACAAUCCAGAUCUUAAAAAACAAUAUUCGAGUUUUUUGAAUGAGUACUUAGCGCUGGGUCAUAUGAAGGAAAUUCCGUUAGAUGAACUACAGCAGAUAACACCACAUUAUUAUUUACCCCAUCACCCAGUAUUUAAAGGAGACAGUAGUACAACCAAAGUUCGCGUCGUUUUCGAUGGCUCAGCUAAAUCACACAACACCAAUUCUUCGUUAAAUGAAUCACUUCUCGUUGGCCCCACAAUUCAGCGCGACAUAUUUUCCAUAUGUCUUCGAUGUCGACGCCAUUUAUACACUCUUUCGGGGGACAUCGAAAAGAUGUACCGCCAAAUAUGGGUUUCACCAAAUCACACCGAUUUUCAAAGGAUUGUUUGGCGCGAAGGUCCCGAAGAUCCUGUAAAACAUUACAAGCUUUUGACCGUGACAUAUGGUACUUCUGCUGCCCCAUUUUUGGCAGUGCGAACACUUAAACAACUCGCGUUAGAUUCCUCAAAAAACCACCCUCGCGUUUCUUCGAUAAUCGAAAACGAUUUUUAUGUCGAUGACGUCAUCACCGGCGCUGAUUCCAUUGAGGAAUUGAUUGCUCUUCGAGAUGAACUUGUGGAAGUUCUCAAAUCUGCAGGUUUCAAUCUUCGAAAAUGGACCACUAACUGUUGGCCUCUUCUAUUAUCACUACCGGAAGACCAGCGAGAAAUUUCUCCAGUUGAGUUCGAAGCAUCGAAUAUAAUCAAGGUUCUAGGGUUACAGUGGUGUCCAUCUAAGGAUUGCUUUACCUACAAGGUAAAUCUUCCAAGCCAAUCAGUUUGUACAAAACGCCGAAUACUUUCUGACGCUUCGCGAAUAUUUGACCCACUUGGAUUCGUCGCUCCCGUCAUCGUCGCUAUCAAAAUAUUCUUCCAAGACCUGUGGCGGGAAAGGUUAGGCUGGGAUGACACGCUACCGGAUGAACUAGCGCAUCGUUGGACUCUUAUCCGAGAUGAACUUCAUUUAAUCGAGUCAAUUUCAGUUCCUAGGCUCAUAUGGACCAACAAAUUUAAUUGUGAACUACACGCCUUUUGCGAUGCAUCGUUGGAUGCAUAUGCAGCUGUUGUGUAUUGCCGUAGCAUCAGCGUUUCUGGAGAGAUAACAGUUUCAUUGGUGGCAGCCAAGAGCAAGGUCGCUCCAAUAAAGAUUCUCUCUCUGCCAAGACUUGAGCUUUGCGGAGCUGUUCUUUUAACACGUCUCGUCAACAAAAUAAAAUUAUCUUUGCAGGCUAGUGAUCUAAGAGUAUUUGCAUGGACAGACUCUUCAAUUGUUCUCCAUUGGCUGUCUGCACCUCCCAAAAAGUGGUCGGUCUUCAUUGGUAACCGGACAUCAGAGAUCCUAUCGUCAAUCCCGCUCAAAUCAUGGAAUCACGUUCGUUCUGCAUGUAAUCCGGCUGACGUUGCAUCACGUGGAAUCCCACCGUCUUUUCUUAAGUCUACGGAAAUCUGGUGGAUGGGUCCAUCUUGGCUCUGCAAAGAAUCUCACGAAUGGCCAGAAUCAGAAUGUGGUAUACAAGAGAUACCAGUUGAUAAAUUGGAAGAACGGAAGUCAAACAAGGUCCAGACUUUGAUGCAAGGCUUUUGGAGGCGGUGGCACCAGGAGUAUCUGACGUCUUUACAAAAUCGACGUAAGUGGCAGAAGAGUCAACCUAACAUAAACAUAGAUGACAUAGUUUUACUUAAGGAGCCAAAUCUUCCUCCAUCUAAAUGGAUUCUUGGCCGAAUUAUCAAAAUCCAUCCUGGCAAAGACAACAGAUGCAGAAUUGUUACAGUACAUACGCAGUUUGGAGACUACAUUAGGCCUAUUGUGAAAAUUGCUCCCUUGCCUAUAACUGAAAGACCGGAGUCUUCCAGGGGGGGCUGAAUGUUCAGUACCGGAUGCACAUUUGCCCAACAUAACAAAUAAUACCCUAUAUUAUUCUAUGUUAUCACUCAAUUUAAUCUAACGCUGUCACACUUUUUUUAUUAAUAACACUGUAACGUGAGUUUAUCUUUUAAUCCGCUUUGUGCUCAUUUUUCUUAUCGGCUAUGUUAAAUAUUAACUUGCUUAAAUCUUCCCUUUUCAAUUUGGACCAUCGGACAGCACACAUCAUAAGUAUACUAUUGUAUUGACAUAUAUAAAAAAACAUUACACAUUUUAUUAAACUAUUGCACUACAACAUUACACAAACAUUUUUUUUUAUUCAACAUAAAACACUACAAACUAUUUUUACAUACAGUCCAUUCU